AUGACAGAACCGCAGCAGGUGUGGCACACGGACGUGCCACCCACCUCGCCCUCGGCCGCGCUACCCAUGAUUCGCCUCCCCCAGGCCGCCGCCGGUCCCGGCAGCCCCCAAGACCCCGAGAAGCCGGGGUCUCCCCUCGAGUGCUCCAUCUGCUUCACCGGCUACGACAACGUCUUCAAGACGCCCAAACUGCUGGCCUGUUCGCACGCCUUCUGCCUGGAGUGCGUGGCCCGGCUGGUGGCGGCGCUGCCCGACGCGCUGUCCGAGCCCUCCGUGCCCUGCCCCUUCUGCCGCCAGCCCACCGCCGUGCCCCUGGCCGGGGCUCCCGCCCUGCCGACCAGCCAGGACCUGCUGGCCGCGCUGCCCCCGCCGCUGAGGUGCCCCCAGCACGUCUGGAUGGAUGGGACCAGGUUGUGUUCUCAGCCUCCGGCGGCCGGAGGGCCCCACGAGUGCAUCUGCGUGGACGUGGGGUUGAGCAAGGCCGCGGCCGGAGUUGAGCUCCCCCCGCCGCCUCAGCCUCGCCGGGGGGUCCUGGCCCGCUGCUCGGCCUGCAGCGACUGGAAGCGCCUUGUCCUCAUCAUGGCACUGCUCGUCUUAUUCUUCUGCAUCGUGCUGUGGCCAGUGCAGUGCGCGCUCAAGACGGGCAACCUGCGCUGCUUUACGCGGAAGCAUCCCGCCACGUCGCCCACGCCCACCACCCUCCCCCUGGGGGUCCAAGAAGGCUAGGGGCGACCCCCGCCCCAACCAAGGCGUGGAGGGCCCAGGCCCACCCUGGACGGUCCCGCGACCCCCUACCUCCACCCGGGCCGGGCUGGGCCGGACUCCACUCACCUGUACUACUGUGACCCCCGCGGCGGCCGGUCCCGUCCGCAGUGACUGCCUCUUGGAUAGCCCCUUCGCCCCUCUCCCCCGCCCCUCCCAGUCCUGAGAAGGAAGGAAGGAAGAAGGAGGGAAUAUUUAAUUUUCUAUACACUCGUUCGUAUUUACAUUUCAUCCGACGCUGCUGUUCUCCACGCG